AUGGCGCCUUCUGCCCUUCCCACCGGCAAUGCCAAUGGAUCAGAUAUCGAUUUGACGGCAACUGGCCUUGAGCACAAGAUGGACGACACCCAGAACAGCCACCCCAAGCAGUACCAAGAACUAGACGCCUCAAAACUUACUUACAGCUUCACCAAGUCGCCACAGGAGGUGCCGUCGCCGGGCACGACCAGCUUUGCCAACUCAUCCAUCUGCACAGACCACAUGUUGACGGCCAACUGGAACAGCACGACGGGCUGGUCGGCACCCGAGAUCAAGCCCUACGGGCCCUUCUCGCUCAUGCCGACGGCGUCGGUGCUGCACUACGCGACAGAGUGCUUCGAGGGCCUCAAGGCCUACCGCGGCUUCGACGGCAAGCUGCGGCUGUUCCGGCCGGACUGCAACGCGGAGCGGCUGCUCAUGUCCUCGGUGCGCAUCUCGCUGCCCCCCUUCCCGCCCCAGGAGGUCGACCGGCUCAUCAAGGCCUUCAUGGCCGUCGACGGGCCCAAGUGGCUGCCCCGCGACCGGCCCGGUCAGUUCAUCUACCUGCGCCCCACCCUCAUCGGCACGCAGUCGCAGCUGGGCGUCCAGGCCCCCACCGAGGCCAUGCUCUUCAUCAUCGCGUCCUACAUGCCGCAGAUGGACGCCCCACCGGGCGGCAUGCGGCUGCACACCUCGCCCGCCGACAUGGUGCGGGCCUGGGCGGGCGGGUUCGGCUACGCCAAGGUCGGCGCCAACUACGGGCCCUCGCUGCUGGCGACGUGCGAGGCCAAGGAGCGCGGGUUCCACCAGAUCCUCUGGCUGUACGGCGAGCAGGGGCUCUGCACCGAGGCGGGCGCCAGCAACUUCUUCGUCGUGUGGAAGAACAAGGACACGGGCAGGACGGAGCUGGUGACGGCCCCGCUGGGCGACAAGAUCAUCCUCGACGGCGUCACGCGGCGCAGCGUGCUGCAGCUCGUGCGGGAGCGCUUCGCCGGCGAGGUCGAUGUCGUCGAGAGGCAGUACUCCAUCGACGAGGUCGUCGAGGCGGAUGCCGAGGGUCGCCUGAUCGAGAGUUUCGCUUCUGGUACAGCCUACUUUGUCUGCCCCAUCUCUCUGAUCCACCACCGUGGAAAGGAUGUCCACUUCCCCAUGGGCAGCAAGAAGGAGGGCGGCGAGGUCACGCUCAAGGUAAAGAACUGGCUCAAGGACAUCAUGUACGGCCGGGAGGAGCACCCCUGGGCCUACGUCGUGCCCGAGGAGCAGUAG